CAUUGGGAUGCGACUUGCGAGAUUGAACCAAUGCCUAUACAAGCAGUGGCAGUUUCCUUUUGGUUUAACAAAAUACACCUGCUUCCGAGUGUUGGGCGGUUAAGAAGACUCAUGUGCGUCGUCUGCAUGGGCGGAGAUGCGGAUGUUACGAUGGAUGUGCGGGAAGACAAGGUUGGAUAGGAUUUCGAAUGAGGUUAUCCGACGUCAAGUAGGUAUGGCACCGGUGGAAGACAAGUUGCGGGAAGCGAGGUUGAGGUGGCUUGGCCAUGUGAGACGGCGGGAUGCUGACGCCCCUGUACGGAGAUGCGAGAGGAUUACAGUUAUCGGGGGAAGUAGGGGAAGGGGUAGACCUAAGAAGAAUUGGGAGGAGGUGAUAAGACAGGAUUUAGGACUUCUCGACNCUGCUAUGUUAUAUGGGGCAGAGUGUUGGGCGGUUAAGAAGACUCAUGUGCGUCGUCUGCAUGCGGCGGAGAUGCGGAUGUUACGAUGGAUGUGCGGGAAGACAAGGUUGGAUAGGAUUUCGAAUGAGGUUAUCCGACGUCAAGUAGGUAUGGCACCGGUGGAAGACAAGUUGCGGGAAGCGAGGUUGAGGUGGCUUGGCCAUGUGAGACGGCGGGAUGCUGACGCCCCUGUACGGAGAUGCGAGAGGAUUACAGUUAUCGGGGGAAGUAGGGGAAGGGGUAGACCUAAGAAGAAUUGGGAGGAGGUGGAGCCGGGGGUCUCUUGGAAACAGCCUCCCUACUUCCGAGUAAGGGCAAGUACUAUCCUCAGAACUUCAGAAGGUCAUUCAAGAAAGCUAUCAACUGGACCUAAACUCGGUACACCUCAUUCAAGCUAUCAAGCAAUCCCAGCAGAGGUGGAUUCCCCACAGCGUUCUAAUUCGGGUUGGCUCAAGCCCGAGGCUUUGGGCCGGCUCAAGGCCGAUUUCAACUCGUGCGGAUACCCGAAUGCAUUUGGGCACAGGGUUUGGGCUGUCCGUCAGUUCCAAACGAAACAUAAAUUGAAAAAUACAGCAGAACAUUCAGAAACACUAGCCUGGGGCAGGUCUGCGAGACUGAUCAAGCACAGAGAUGCUGACGUGGCAUUGCUUGAAAAGAUAGCGAAAUUGAUCCCGCCGUCUCUAGUAGUGGCACCGAAUGGAGUCGGAUGGCCGGCCAAAAGCUCGUAAGGGCGACGAAAUUCGUACGGCAAUGGUUUCUCCACCACCACGGCAGUUUCCGACUCAUCUCCGCCACCAAUGACCGAGACCAAUAAAGGGUUCGCCUUGCUUCUAAGUUCGGAAAAGUAACAGUGCAAAUUCCUGAAAGUAAAUCCAAUUUUUUCGAUGUUGGGGCAUCUGGAUGGGAGUUUCGGGGUGUUGGCUGAGAAUGAAGGGCAGCGGAGCAACUCCAUUUUGGAACUGGGGAUGGAAAAGGUCUGCGGACCACUACUGUAGACAUCUGCAGGAGAAGUGGUGGACCGAAGAUAUGCGGUCUGCAAGAAGAAGACUGUUUGUUUUUUUAAUGUCUGUAGACUGCUAUAUAAAUUAAUGGUGCUAGUGUACGGUGGUGGUGUAUGGACGAUUGUGGUGGUGGUGGAGGGUGGUGGUGGAGGGUAGUGGUGGACGUUGACGGCGGCGGUGGUGGACGGUGGUGGCGGUGGCGGUGGAUGGUGGCGGUGGUGGUGGACGACGAUGGUGAUGGACGGUGACGGUGAUGGUGGACGGUGGUAGUGGUGGACGGUGGCGGUGGACAGUUGUGGUGGUGAAGAGAAGUAGAAAAAAGGAGAAGAUGUUAG